AUGCUUACAGAGCAAGACAUAUAUGACAGGCUGACUGAAGCCAUCCCAGAGUUCUACCAGGCCAUAAUCACCGACACGUCGGCGGGCUGCGGUCAGUCCUUCGACGUCGUCGUGGUGAGCAAUGUAUUUGCGAACAAGAACAAGCUCCAGCGGUGCCGACUCGUGAACAAGGCGCUCGCAGAGCAGGUAGCGCAGCUGCACGCAUUCUCGGCCAAGUGUUACACCACAGAAGAAUUCCAGCGACUCACCAUCUAG